AUGGCGCACGGCUCCCACUCCCAGAAUUCCAGAGAAAUGCCCUUUACUCCAGAGGAGGUAAAGAAUUAUAAGGAGAGAUUUUCCAAAGCGAUUUCCUCAGGUCACAAUAAAGGAGAUGUGUUAAUUAACAUCAGCUCUGGUAUCAAUAUUGACUAUCUCGACUCGGCGAAGAAAAAUUUCAAAGAGAUCAUCAUUCUCCAGCCUACGGACAGCCAAACCAGAAAUUCUACAGAACUGGCAGGAAAGAGUGACCAACCUGAGGGCAAGGAAACUGAACAUGGACAUGAGGAAGCAAUUAUACGUGUUGUAAAAUUUGAUCUCAACAAGGAAAAUCCCACAGAUCCAAAUAAGCUACCACAAGCCGACAGCAUGGUGGUCGGGACUGUUCUGGAAACCAUGAGCGGAGACAUCAAAGAAUAUGUUAGAUACCUCAGGAAAAUUGCAUCUCUUUUGAAACCUAAAGGUCACCUGAUAAUGUUCGGAGUUUUAAAUGGUACAUUCUAUAAGGCUGGGGGAGAGAAGUUUCAUGUUGUAAAGUAUAAUGAAGAUGACUUGAGAAAUAUACUCACCAAUGAGGGAUUUGUUAUCACUAAUAUAGAGGUUUCCCAAAGAAAGGUUGAGUCUGAUCUGAUGGAUAGUGAUUCAGUUGUGUUCUGUACAGCUGAUAAAGGUCCGAAGAGUUAUGCCGCGUAAACACGAUCGGUCUGAUGGACCAUUUUCAUCAGAUAUCCGAUGAAGCUGACU